AUGGGAGCUUAUGGCAGUGACUACUUAUCUCUUGGCGGUCAGGAAGCAAAGAUUGAGAGCAGGGGCUUGGAGGACAUGAUGGUCCACACUCUUGGAGCCUCUGCUGAAACGGCUGAGCCUGACACCAUUUCUCUGCCCUCCUUUGUAGAGUUUGGUCAUGGAGCCAACCCUGGCACCACCUCGGAGUUUGCUUUUCCCUUGUACUCUGGCGUCUCUGGGUCCUUCCUAAAUCACCUAUGUGUACGAAUAAUUUACAAGAAGCAGGUGCUAGGUGGAGGGAGCGCAGUGCUUGGCCACGCUGGGAGUCGCGGGAACUACAGCUCCCAUCAGGCCCCGCGGCCACUCGGCCCCACCCCGCCUCCCGCUCAGCCCGCGGCGGAGGCGCUGGGCUUUCAUCCGCGAAGCGGCGGGAACAAGACGCAUCUCCCGGUCGUCUCGGACAAUCACAGGGUCGGCAGCAGCCUCAGCCGCCUUCAGCUUCUGCGUCCGCCUCAGAGGCGUUUCCCGGUGCAGCGAGAGAUGGUGGUCCGCGUGUUCGUCGCCUCGUCCUCGGGCUUCGUGGCGAUCAAGAAGAAGCAGCAGGAUGUGGUUAGAUUUCUGGAAGCCAACAAGAUAGAGUUCGAGGAAGUGGACAUCACCAUGUCAGAAGAACAGAGGCAGUGGAUGUACAAGAACAUCCCCCCCGAGAAAAAGCCUGCGCAGGGCAACCCUCUGCCACCUCAGAUAUUUAACGGCGACCGAUACUGUGGAGAUUAUGACAGUUUUUUUGAAUCAAAGGAGAGCAACACAGUCUUUUCAUUCUUAGGCCUGAAGCCUCGGCCAGCGUCCACGGCCGAACCUUAGAAGAAAGAGAAGGUGAUGGAGUUGCAAUUUGGAGCACCCCUGGUACUCAACACAUACCUGCUUACCUGAUGCAUCACUGUGACAAAGCCACAUGCACAAUCGGAAACUUUGCUUGACCUGGAAGAGUUGUUUUUGGUGGACACUGGAAUAAUGGGGACUGCAUGAUUGUUCUAAGCUAAUCAGGGCUCCGGUGGUGGGUUAUCUUACUUCCUCCUCUGUUUGCGGUUGCCUGGAUCACCCGAAAGUAAUGUCACCUGCUGUAGUCUGCUUCUUUAAUGACUGGAGGUCACCAGUAUUGCAUAACUCCGUUCCUCUUUAUGCUGCCUGCAUCACAUCCAUGAAACCCAUUUGCCAGGAUGGUUACAUCUUUGAAUCAGGAAGAAGAAAAACAAUGCAAGUUGACAAAGGAGACUGAAGGUUCUUACUGCAGAAUCACAAAUGCCACUAUUCUGGUACUUUGUAAUAACACCUGCUGGAGAAGUUAGAUGCUCUCGACUCCUUUCUGUUAUAGAAACCCUCACCUCUAUAAAUUCUCCAUGCUCCUACAACAGGUGCUUCCAGAACCACCAUUGCAAUAAUGCACUAUCAUAGCCAAGUUGCAGGAUAGAAAGAAUUGCUGAUGGAAAACAUUUCCUUCUUUAUCUCUUGAAAGGAGGAAGUUUCACUGUAUGCAUAAGACUGCUUGAGAAAUACUAGGAAGUGCACUACUUAGAUAGUAAGUUAAUAGAAAGCUUGCUCUGUCCAUAUGCAAAGGCAUUUUCAGCUCUUGUAGUUUACUUACACACACAUGCACAUAUAUUUUUAAAUGCAGCUCCCCUGAGUAACAGCUGCUUGUUCUAUUUUGUAAUGGGAUUAUAUUUUUGGAGAAAGGAAGUGCUUGGUUAGAUAUAUUUUGUGAACUGUUCAUGAAGUAUGAUAGAAGGCAUCAGUGCUGCGGGGGCUGGGCUUAACAGUACAAUACUUGCAUAGCACACUCAAGCUGUUGUGCUCAGCUCCAGUACCAUGGAAAGGAAAAACAGACACCAGCACUGCCAGCUAGUGUCUUACCAUUGUCUCUUUAUUCCCCUUGUUCAUAUUCAGACCAAUUCACAAUCUCAGACUCUUCAGAAUAACACAGGCACACAUUCUUGGGUGUGUAUGAGUACAAGUGAGAUCUCAGAACAGCAGAGACAAGAAAGGAGCUGUGUAGACAGUAGUCCUGAGUCAUUCUUAAGACACAAAAUCCCUGCUCCCUUUGGGUGGACACUGAACAGUUCUCAAACAGGGCUAGCCUUGAGUGGGAUAAACUUGGGGCUGAGUGAAAUCACCUGCCCUUAGCAACAUGAUAUGACAUUUCACUCUGACUCUGAGAAGGAAAUGUUUGAGAAAUGGAAAGAGCAAACUAGUGGCCCUCUCUGCCACCCCCCCCCACCUCCCCACCACAAGCUUUGAUCAACAUUGACUGUUCUGUGGCAUAUUUGUUUUGAAUGCUGAAGUUGAGAUCUCAACCCAAGAUGUUCUUUCCAGGGAAAGCUUGUCAAGUCAUGGAUAUUACGAGCUAGUUGGUAUUAAACAAGAUCCAGGUCAAAUUCCAUUUGAUAAAUCCCAGGGACUUCCAAGGGUUUUUUGUGGUUUUUGUUUGUUUGUUUGUUUUCUCUUCUAACUGGAUAUUGUGCUUGAGUUUGUGAGUCUUCUAACGAGACACAUUUCUAUUAAAUAGAGCAAUUUAAAGAAUUAUGAAGUCAGCACAGCUUACAUUGAUUGAGUCAAUUUUUGCCAACGAGUGCCAAGAACCAGUUUGGCAAAGUGAAGUCUUAGCAUGUUUUGGAUUGUAGGAGCAACAUCAUGCUUGUGAGACACAGAGAGCUACCAAGAUUUGUCAUGUAACUUUUUGAUUGGCCAUGUUGUACCUACCAUGACCAUGUUAAACACACUGACCAGAUGGUGUGCCUAGAAUUACUAUCACAGUCACAUAGCAUUUUCUUGCCAUGAUUCUUUUGCAGGAACACUGGAGAGUCAGCUAAGAAGACAUGAGAUUAGUGGUAGAAGCCCAGGCUAUGGAGUUGCCUGGCAGUGGUAUGUGUAGCACAUUCUGCGUCUUUACUUAAAUGCCUCCCAGUCUGCCUGACGAUGAUUUUCCUCCUUCUGUCUUCCUUUCCCUCUUUCUGUUGGUUGUUGCUGGAGACACAGUCUUGCUAUGUGGACCUGGAACCAACUUCUGCCUCCCAAGUGCUAGGAUUACAUACUUGGCUGAAAUAGUGUUCUUCUUGUUCCCUUAAUUGGCUGUCUCUGGAUUUGGUCACCAACGUCUUCAAAGCUUAGCCAAGAAGUACAAGCAUGGCUGCAAUGCCAGAGGCUUUCAAGGCAGUGUUGAUUUCCGUGUGGGACAGCAGAAUUGAGCUGCUGAGAACCAAAUGUGCCAUUUUAACGGCAGGAGAACAUGGAAUGCCAUACUGCUAGGUGCCUGCAGACCAUUUAGUUCAGGAAAUACUUUGCCAAAUCCUGGCGGUUUAGU